AUGGCCAAAACCCCCAUCAAGCACGAUUUCUACCAGAUCCUCUCCCUCUCCUCCCCAUUACAAAGACCAUCAACGGCACUAUCCAAAGAACAGAUCAAGUCUGCCUACCACAAAGCGCUCCUACGGCACCAUCCCGACAAAGCGAACCUAGGACAAACGCCAUCGGUAUCCGUUUCGGUGUCGGUUACUACCUCCAACAACACAACAUAUACGAUCGACGAAAUUACUACAGCCUACAAGACAAUAUCGGAUCCUAAGCUCCGCGCGGACUAUGAUCGAUCCCUCCGUCUAGAGCGGUUGAGUGUUGCCGAAAGAGAGCGAAAUGGAGAUGUCUCUUUUCAUACAGGGCUGGAGGUUGUUGAUUUGGAGGAUCUGUUGUACGAGGAAGGCCUCGAUGAGGACGCAGGCGCUGGCGGGUUCUGGUACCGGGGUUGUCGGUGUGGUGAUGAGAGGGGGUUCCUGGUCACUGAGCAGGAUCUGGAGAGAGAGGUGGAGCACGGUGAGGUUGUUGUUGGGUGCCGGGGAUGUAGUUUAUGGAUGAAGGUUUUGUUCGCGGUCGAGAAUGAGGGUGAGGAUCAGGAUCAGACAGCGGACGAAGCUGCUGGAUUGGAGAAAGGGAAAACUUGA